AUAGGUUAACUGUGGUUUGAAGACGCUGUUUAUUAUGCCUAGUGCCAGGAUUGUUGGGGAGAUACCAUCACAUAGUAGCCGACAAGAUUCUCUUUAGUCACUGUAUGGAUAACAUUUACCUGUCAAAAGCAGUAUUCCUAACCUGGAUGCUUUUGUGCAUCAUUUGGAUCUCUUGAUAUCAAUUUCAAGACCUCGCUUGGACUUUGCUAUUGUGUAACAAUGUCUGUCCGUUUUCACCACGUCGAGUCCACUGGUCUAAUUUCCAAUUAAAACAUUUAGCGGCAACACGUUUGGACUUCAAAGUGAGACCGCGGACGAGCGUUUCGUUGGACGUUUGCAACAAUUUGUUGCAACAUUCAGGGCUAAGUGAUGGUGUCAUUAUCACUUAUUUUUGCCAUGGCAACAUAAUCAUUUAAAAAAAUAAUUCAGCCGAGUCCUCUUUUGGGAGAUAUUCCUCGUGGUAUUCAAUUAUGUUCACUUUCGCUGCCUUCUGCUAUAUGCUGUCGCUGGUCCUCUGUGCUUCUCUGAUCUUCUUUGCGAUUUGGCAUAUAACAGCCUUUGAUGAGCUGCAGGCAGACUUUAAGGUCCCCAUCGAUCAGGGCAAUCCACUCCAUGCGAGAGAGCGACUCCGGAACAUUGAGAGGAUCUGCUGCCUGCUGAGAAAGUUGGUGCUCCCAGAAUACUCUAUCCAUGGGCUGUUCUGUAUCAUGUUCCUGUGUGCCCAGGAGUGGCUGACAGUAGGCCUCAACAUCCCCCUCCUCUUCUACAACACAUGGAGGUACUUCCACAGCCCCACAGACACUAAGGAGCUCCUCUACGACCCAGCCUCGGUCAUGAACGGAGACACGCUCAAGUUCUGCCAAAAAGAGGCCUGGUGCAAGAUGUCCUUCUUCGUCCUCUCCUUCUUCUACUAUCUCUACUGCGUGUACUGGACCUGACCUGCCAUGUGGUGCUCCGCUGGCCUUCUACUAUAUGGUCUACUCCUUGGUAACCUCAUAACAGCAGAACUCUCUGUAUUUGAGCCAUCCUCCGGAUAUCAGAGACUGAUUUCUGGAAUAUGAUUUA